AUGGACGGUGCGGGCCCUCCUGGCAUUUCUCCGCCGGAGGGUGUGGAAUGGAGCAACCGCUGGGCUGAGCUGGAGAAUGGCUACGCCUGCUUGGAGCUCCACCGAGACAAGUUGCAGAAGGAGGUGGAGGAGCUUCGGAAGAGCUUGCACGCCAAGAUGCAGGCUCCGCCGGAGGGCUUAGAAGCCGAGCUGCGCAGCAAGAUUCUGGAGAUGCAAGAGGAGGCUGACUUGCGCUUGAGCGAGGAGGUGCGAAAAGAGGAGAAGAUCGCCAGGUUGGCCUCCGAGCUGGAGAGGCAGACCCUGCGGCUGGGGGAGAUGAGCCAAGCCAAGUUUCAGCUGGAGUACGAGAAGAGCAGGACCGAGUCGGAGGUUCUCCCACUGACUACUGCCAGGGAUCGACUGCAGCAGGAGAAGGAGGCGAAAGAGCAGAUCAUUCAUGACCUGCGCCAGGAGUUGGCUUCAGCGCGGGACGAGCAGGAGAAGCUCUUCCGCGAGAAGUUCGAUCUGGCCAGAGAGCUGAGGAGGGAGCUUGAGGCGGCCAAGUCAGAGGCGUCCUUCCAGCAGAAGCUGGCGACGGAGGCCACAGAGGCGCAGUUCCGGGAGCGGAAGCUCAAGGAGGACUUGGAGCGGAAGCUGAAGACCGCGCAGGAGGACGCCGCCCUGGAGCGCUCGGCCCUCGAGGAGAAAUGCCGGCUCCGACAAGAGCAGCUGGACCGCACCAACGAGUGCUGGAAGCAAACGCAGGCCGAGCUGAAUGACUCCGUGGAGGGCUUGCAGGCAGCCUGCCAGGCGACGGAAGGGGCGGCUGAAGAGCUCAAGUCGUUGAAGGCGGAACUGGAGGAGCAGCGGCGGCAGUACCAAGGUCUCAAGGCCGAGCACGAGGACUUCUUGCGGCGCCGGGUGCCGGGCGCGGAGACUGGAGAGCUGCCCACAGGCUUUGAGAGCAUCAGCGAGUUGGUUCGCAUUGCUCAUACCUCCCGAGAGGAGGCCCUGCAAGAGCGCGCAGCCAAAGAACACCUGCAGCAGGUGCUCCAAGACAUCGAGCGCGAGAUCCGGCAGCGGUACCCGGUGCUGAUGAGUCAAAACCAAGAGCUGCACGAGCUCCGGCGCCAGAAUGGUGAGCUCAGGGAGCAGAACAAAAUCAUCCUCCAGAAGGCUCGCGAGUAUGCGACAUACAAUCGCGACGCGGAGGCCAGAGCUCAGCGCUCCGAGCGGUCCCUGCGCAUGCUGGAGGGCCACGCGCAAGAUUUGACGAAGCAGCUGGCCGUGCUGCUUUACGAGAAGAACAGGCGAGAGAAUGCCAACCUCGCAGCAUCCAACCUCACCUUCUUCUCCUUGAGCAAGGAAGAGGAUGACAAAUGGCCUUUGAGCAACGUGGAGGAGGUGGUGGAGCAGAACGUAGCCCUGCGCAAGGCGCUGCGGCACCUGGAAGCCAAGUGCGAAGACGUGAGCAGCAAGGUCGAGCUGGAAGACCGAGAGCAGCAGUUCGAAGAAGAAUUGGAGAAGAAGAGCAAAGAGCUGAAGGAAUUGGUGUCCCAGUUGCAGGAGGUGCAGGACGCUUUGGAGGAGGCCACCCACGACAGGGACGCCGCGGUGAAGAAGGUGAAGACCCUGGAGGCGGGCAUCGUGCCGGGCAACGCCCCCACAAGCCGCGGCGAAGCUCCGCAAGACGACCGGGAGCUGCUGCGUGUGAAGCGAGAGCGGGAGGACCUGGCGGAGCGCUGCCAGGCGCUGCAAACUCAGCUCUCGGAGCUGCGCGCGGCCAAGGCCCAGGCGGAGAAGGAGGAGAGCGUGGGCCGAGCGCGCCUGGAGUACGAGCGCCAGCUGCGGCGGGACCUGGAGGAGUCCUCGAAGCAGCUGCAGCGGGAGAAGAAGGAGCUCACGGACCGGCUCAACCAGCAGUCCAAGUUGGCCGAAGAUCUGCGGGAGGAAAAGCGGCAUGAGGAGGCGAAGCUGCGUGGAACGCUGAGUGCCCUGAAGGAUGUCAAAGCAGCACAAGGCAAUGCUGAAAGCCUGCUCCAAGCUGAGGAGCUCAAGAUCCGGGAGCUGGAGAAGAGCCAGUCCUUGCUCCUGUCGGAAAAGCAAUUGCUAGAGCGAGAGGUCGCGAACCUUCAAUCCAGGAUGAGCCAGGAAAGGGAGAGCCUAAAGCAGGAGCUACAGGACGAUCAAUACAAGAAGCAGGAGCACCUUUUCUCGGCGAUGUCACGGAAGAGCGAAGAAGACUUUGCGCGGCUGCAGGCCACGCUACUGGCUGCUCGCGAUUCUGAGGCGCUCCAGGCCAAGAAACACGCGGAGGAGCAGCUGGCGAAGCUUGAGGCCAAACUGGCCCUGCUCGAGCGCCCACGUGCCAAGCUGGGUGACGUGGCUGCCGAGGCGUGCGAAGAUCCCGGUUGGAGAAGUCGGAGGAGGCUCUGA